AUGAUGGAGCCAGGAUGGGCAGCAUCCGAAAAAAAUAACAUCGGUGGCUACUCGGAGGAGCGGUCGCCGUCAGAGUUCUUCCGGCUGGCCAGGUAUCACGGCUGGGACCUGUCGUACUGUGUUCAUGGCCGGGAGACCUUUCCCGGCUGGCACCGUGCGUACCUGGUGGACUUCGAGCGCACCCUCCAGGCUGCCGACCGAGCUCUUGGCGGUGACGGCCGUAUCGCCCUGCCGUACUGGGGCUGGGAUCGGGGGGAGGUCAACGGGGAGCUGUUCCCCGCCAUCGUACGGAAGCGCUUCUCAGUCCUGAGACCGGAUCUCAUUCCCCCGGAGGCGGAGGGCAGCCAGCUGGGCCCCGACAACGGCUACCGGAUAGUUCCCAACGACAAACAGUUGGCUACCGGAUUGAAGAACAUGAAGGUUGAAGACCAGGUCCGCUCCGCCCUGUCCCAGUGGGAGCACCCCCGGGCUGCCUCCACCCACCUGGACAACACCCACAGUGUGGAGACCCCGCACAACUCCCUCCACGUGCUGUGCGGCUGGCCCAUGUCGAGUGUGAGCUUCGCGGCCUUCCAUCCGAUAUUCUUUCUACACCACUGCAACGUGGACCGGCUGUACGACACCUACCUGCGGAAGGACAUGACCAAUGCGGGGGAUGGAGAGAACGCGCCCUGGGUGGAGUUCGACAGCUCGUUAUUCGUCCAGGAGCUGCGGCCCUUCCGCCACCCGGCCACGGGGGAGUGGUUCUUGCCGAAACACACUUUCAAGACCGAGGCUAUCGGUUACGUGUACGACCAACUGCCGCCCAUACCACCUCAGCAAAUGCGCGAGCCCCCCAUCCUGGCGAGGUUUGAAGACAUCAACCCUGUGACACUCGCUGGGCGGUCCGUAGCCCUACACGUGUUUGUGGCUCGUCUGUUGGUGGUUGCAGUGGAUAUGAAUGACGGGGCGGUCAUACCCGCACCCGCCCUGGAGGGACUGGGAGUGCCGCAGCCCAAGCUCGUGGGCCCGUUCUUCGAGGACAAGUCGCUCAUGCUGGCGAGGGGGGAGGCAGUUCCCGAGUCGGGGCUGGAGGCGGGCGAGGUGAUGCAGCUGCAGCGAUACCUGCACAAGUACGGCUGGUACGGCGGGGAGGUGGACGGCUACUUCGGACCCGCCACGGAGGCGGCCGUGAAGCGCUUCCAGGAGUUCUACCACCUCAAGGUGGACGGCAUUGCGGGUCCCGCUACUCGCAGCCUGAUGAUGAUGGCCCGGAUGGAUGACAAGGAGGACGAGGUGGAUACGGACGACCAGGCCACCUUCUCCCCGGGCAGUGUGGUUCGCUGGUGGGCGGGCGGCAGUCCCGGGUACUUGGAUCUGGAGGCGGCGCGGGACGAGGUGGCGGCGGCGCUGGCGGAGUGGGCCACGGCGGUGGACACCGCGGAUGAGGCCCAUCUGACCAUCACCUGGGGCAACCGAACUCGGAACAACAUGUUCCGCUUCAACGGCCCGGGCGGGGCCCUGGCGUUCACGGAGCCGGGGGGCAGCAUCACCCUGGAUGCGGCCGAGCACUGGCUGCUGGGGGCCGCACCGGCGGUGCCGGGGGCCUUCUACCUGCAACCCGUAGUGCUGCAUGAGAUUGGUCACGCCCUGGGGUUGACUCACAGCAGCAGCCCGGAUGACGUCAUGAGCCCCUUCUACGUGGCGGACCGGCUCCAGCUGACCGAGGGGGACCGAACCCGGGCCGCCAACAUCUACCCGCUGCUGGACGAGGAGGGGGCGCUGGGGGACAUGUUCAGGACUCUGGAUCUGGAUGGGGACGGUCUCCUGAGCCGGGCGGAGUUCCUGAAUGCCAUGUGCGGCAGAGGAGAUAUGCCACUGGAGCGCUCCGAGGCGGAGGCUCUGUUUGAGCAGGCAGAUGUGGACGGGACAGGGGCAUUGCCGCUACAGCAGUUUAAGAUGCUCAUUGCCCGGCUGUUCUUCGAGUAGUACGGCAGACUUUCCGUACCGCCAGUCGCUGGGAUGCUGUAGUAGGAGCUGGCGGGUGCGGGCAUCAUGACACGGAUCUGCCCUGAUGGGCCUUUUCAUUCGUGUACACACGUGUUACAAAUGUACGGUAAUGUAUCUAGACCUCGGUGGGUUGCUGGUCAUGAUUGUGAUGUGUCUUGGUGAUGACGUGGGGUGGAGUUCGUAAGGCCCAGAAGGGUGGCCGAUCGCGAGCGGUUGGAUGCUCCUGGACACUGCUUGGAACAACAAGAAGAAUACACAUGCAUAUUUGCAUUCUUACGACGUAACUGUACGGCGAACAUAGAUGUCGCUGCUGCUGCUCCUGGAAUGAUGGCUUCGUGCUUUUGGGGCCAUCCUAUCUAUCUACAUACAUACAUACAUACAUACAUACAUACAUACAUACAUGCAUGCACUGUUAACAAAGAUGAACACAUCCACCACUACCCCACAUCGACCUCGCUCUCGAAUGCAUGUUUUCGUAGCUGUGAUAAUGCUCCGCAGGACACAUACGUACCGACAUACGUACAGACAUAUAUACAUACCAUAUAUAUACCUAUAUACGCAUGCAUGCAUGCUAAACAACAUCAGGU